AUGUCCUACCGGCGUGCCGUUUCUCGAUUUGACCGUGUUAACCAAUGGCUGCAGUUUUCGAGACAAUGGCACGUGAUUGAUGCGAAUCAACAAGACGCCGAACUUCUUGGUGAUAAAGUUGCUCGAUAUCUCGCAGGGAAACACAAACCAAUUUUCCAUCCAGAAACUGAUUGUGGAGAUCAUGUAGUUGUUACAAACUGCAAAGAUAUUGCAAUGCAUGCAUUUGACUGGAAACACACAAUUUAUAAGUUCAAUAUGGAAUAUCCAAAAAGUAAAGCUGAUAUUCCAGCAUGGCAGAUUCACGAUUACGAUCAAUGCAGAAUAGCUUUUUUAUCGGUUUAUAGGUCACUUGGAAAUAAUCUUCUCCGACGUCGUCACAUCCAACGCCUACAUUUAUUCCCAGAUGAAGAAAUGGCAGAAUUUGUACGAAAAAAUAUUGGAAGUCAGCUGCGACAAGUUCAAGGAGUUGUGAAACGAAGUGAUGAAUAUACGGCAGAAGAGAGAGCAAACUUCCCAAGAGUUGUGAAAUUCGCAGAUAAGCAUGUCGUUGAUUGGGAGAAAAGCAUUCCAAAUCCGGGAAGACAUGUGAAACCAGUGCCCGGACAAAAGGAUAAAUAGAUGAUCUCGAGUAGGAUUUUGUAGAGUCUGUAGUCUAAUUUUCCUUUUUUUUCAAAUAUUUUUGUUGAAAUUGUUUCUGUUGGUAUUUUUAUGAAUAUAAGAACUAUU